AUGAACUCUUCNGCUGGUUAUUUUUUUCCGCUGGUUUUGAGCAACCCUAGUGAAAAACCAUUAUAUCACGCGUUAAAUCAACCGAAAAUCGUUGGGGUGGCGAAAAAAAUAAGCUACACCCCAACGCCAGCCUACAUGGUUUACUUGAAGAGAGUCGGAACAGUCAAAACGAGGAAAAUCUAUAAAGAAAUCGACGACGUCGUUUUGGAUUCCCUCAAACCAACCAGGAAUACCUUCCUACACGCCAGACCGUCACUCAAGCAAAAGUAUAUUGUCCUAGAUCUGCUGGAACGAUAUAAAAGUGACGGAGAAGCUUUCUACAACUUAAAAGUUCAACUAGAAUACUUAAACAACUUGCAGAAGGGAAUUUUCGAAUACAUAGAGGUGCCAAAGUACAAGGAGAUGGACAGAAAAAAAAUCUACAUUCUAAAAAAUGAAGACGAAAAUGUAUCAGAAGAUUUAGAAUGGGACGGAAAAGUGAACGCGCUACGAUACUACGAAGAACAUGAAGAAGAAGGAAGCAACAUUUUCAAAGAGUUGAUGCUACAGGAGGGAGACUAUCAACGGAUCAACAUUGCCGAUUUCAACCCUGUCAACUUGGAUUACUAA